AUGAGGAUGGAAACGGGGGUGGCGGCGGCGGGGGAGGAGGAGGCGAUGGGAAAGGAAAUAAUGGUGGUGGAGGCAACGGCGGAGAUGGGCAGCGAGGCGGAGGUGAAGGCCAGUCAAGACCCGACGGCCCUGAUCGACAAGGCCCUCCACAGGACGGCGGCCCAGAUCGACAGUCUUCCAACGGCGGUGGAGGAGGGGGACAGGGCCCCGAGGGAGGCAACGGUCAGGGAGAGGGACGAGGUCAAGGCCAAGGCCAAGGCCAAGGUCAAGGACGGCCGCCAUCCGCACAAGGUGGCCAAGGUCCCGAUGCUGAUCGACAACGAGACCAGGUCAACGGACCACCGAACGGAGGGCAGCCGGGAGGUCAACAAGACCCAAACCGGAACCAAGGCGGCGGUGGGAACCAAGGGCAAGGCCAAGGCCAGGGGCAGAAUAAUCAGAACGGGAACCAGAAUCAAGGCGACCGAGGACAAGGCCAACAGAAUCAGGGCCAGAAAGGGCAGGGCCAACAAAACCAAGAACAACAACAACCAAGGUCAGAAUAAGGAUGGGAAUCGAGGUCAAGGCCAGCAGAACCAGAACCAGGGACAGCAAAACCAGGGCGGCAAUAGGGGACAAGGACAGACGCAAAACCAGGGGCAGUUUCCGGACAACAACAACAACAACAACAAUAACAAUAAUAAUAAUGGCAACAACAACCAGUCCAAGUCAGAAGAGUCUACGUCGACGACCCAGGAGCAGACUUCGACUGCCGAGCAGACCACGACGUCCACCCCCGAGGCCCAGCCGACAGAACAACCUCCUCCUCCUCCCCCUCCCGCCCCGGAAGCGCCGCCCCUGCCGCCACCACCGCCGCCUCCAGAACAAACUACGACCUCUACGACUUUGACGACGACCUCUUCGACCUCGAGCACACCUGCAGCAUCGACCAGCACGACGCAGCAGCAACAACAACCGGCGGCUUCUUCACCCAGUACCUCAAUAGUACCUCUGGCUGCCCAAACCCAGGUCUCACUCUCACCACAAACCACUCCUCCACCUGUGCCACUGCCCGUCGUCGUGCCGACCCCGGCUGGCGGGUCCCCGAUUGCUGAGCUGGCUCCCCCACCGUCUCUGGCAUCAGUACCUAUACAAUCUGCGGUAGCCAACAAUAAUGAUACCUCCUCACCUGGACCUGUCAUGUCAUCUGGAAAGAUGGCAGGGAUAGCUGUUGGGAGCGUUUCUGCUGUAGCAAUUAUUGGCACUUUAAUUCUGAUCCUGUUCCGUCUCAGGAGGAGAGGGUAUCUGCGAUCUUUCAAGCGGCCAUUCAAGAGCGCCCGAAGUGGGCUCACGGGACGCGCCAGGAGGCUUCCAAGCCGCACGUCUACCCCUGAGCCAGAAAUGAGCGAGACGCGCAUGUCCGCUGCCGCACCCCCAGCAGACAGACUGAGCAGGGCCCGGUCGCCGUCUGCAUGGGAUUACGACGACGAUGAUGACAGAUCAGCCUCCCCUUCGAUCCUCGAGAGGCCGCUGCCAGUCAUCCAAAAGUCCUUGAAGGGCCUGGUCGGCCGCGGCGGAGCAAAGCCAAGGACCGCGGAACGAGACUUGGACGGCUUCUUCGUCGGGAGCACGCUGUCCCCGGUACCCGAAGCUCGGUCGGUCAUGUCACAGACCACCGACGCAACCCUCGUAGUACCGCCCUCGCCCGUGCUGCAAGGCACCGAGUCGCGCGAGCCCCUGGCGCAACAGCCCGAGCCUGCAGCUUCCGUCAACUGCCCGGUGCAAAAGCUGCAGAACAAGCUCCGCCUGCACAACUCCACCGACCCGCGCCCAUGUACGAAACACCCCGGCCACCAGGCAGCAGACCGAGGCAGCGUCUCAUCCGUGUCGUCAUGCACGACGUGCGGCGGCUCGUCGCCCAGGGAAAGCCGCUUCUCUUUUGCCUUCCUCCUGCAGCCACCCCUGGACUUGUUCAAAUCCAAGGGAGGCUCUUCGGAUGAUGACAGCAGGAAGUCAGGCUGGUCGUUGUGGUUCAGGACCGAGGAUAGCAAGAGGGACAAGCCGGAACCAAGUAAUAUGCAAGAGAAGAAAUGA